AUGUCUGUAAAAGAAAAGUCUAUUAAACGGAUCGUGAUUCACCUUUUUGAUGGUGCCUUUGGUGGACAACCGGAUGCCUUAAAUGCCAAUCAGCCAUGGUUUGGCCGUGAUGAUAUUACCGAGCUGUAUUAUCGUGACUGGGUGCAUCUGAAGAGUGUCUUUACCUCUGAAAACGUCAAGACACAGGUCGGUCCCGACGCACUGAGCUUCAGCGAUAAUGGAAGCGCAACUUCCUAUGAUGGCCCGCGAAAAAUCGCUUCCCCUCCGGACUGGAAGAAGGAAUCAUGA